AUGGGAAGCGAGCGAAGCGACUCCGGGAAAAGGAAGGAGAAGGUGACCACGAGCGAGAGAAAGAGCGAAUCCGAAGACGUAGCCGAGGAAGAACAGGAAGAAGAAGAAGAAGACGAAGAAGUUGAUCUGAAUCGGAGCAGCGAGAGCCAAGUUCAGCAGUCGAUAAAGGGGUCGUCGCAAGCCGAAGGCGAAGCAGAGAAGGAGGAGGAGAAGGAGAAGGAGACGGAGGAGGAGGAGCAGCAGAAGCAGGGCCCAGGGUUUAAGUCAUAA